AUGAACUUGAAGCAGCUCAUGUGCCUAUCGUGCGCACAGCUAUUCGCCAUCCUCCUCUUCAUCUUUGCCUUUUUCCCCAGGAAAAUCGUGCUGCCAGGCAUAUCGCAUCAGGAUCCAGACCAGGACCGCGAUCUUCAGCACGAGAGGCCCUUUCAAAAGCUGGUCUUCGUGGUCAUCGACGCCCUCAGAUCGGACUUUCUUUUCGAUUCCGGAAUGUCCCAUUUCAACAACGUGCACCAAUGGCUCAAUACGGGCGAGGCCUGGGGCUACACGUCUUUUGCCAACCCUCCCACCGUCACGCUGCCCCGACUAAAGAGUAUCACAACAGGGUCCACCCCCAGCUUCAUUGACCUGCUGCUGAACGUGGCUCAGGACGUGGACUCCAACGACCUGUCGGAACACGAUUCCUGGCUGCAACAGUUCAUCCAGCACAACAACACGAUCCGCUUUAUGGGCGAUGACACGUGGCUGAAACUCUUCCCACAUGAGUGGUUCGACUUCACCGACCCCACCCACUCCUUCUUCGUCAGCGACUUUACUCAAGUUGACAACAACGUGACGAGGAAUCUGCCGGAGAAGCUAUUCCAGGAAUGGGCCCAAUGGGACGUGGCUAUUCUCCACUACUUGGGUCUCGACCACAUCGGCCAUAAAGAUGGCCCGAAUUCGAAGUUCAUGUCCACGAAACACCAAGAAAUGGACAGCAUCUUGAAAACAAUCUACGAUCAAGUGCUAGAGCACAAAAGUGACGACGACACGUUGAUUUGUGUUCUCGGUGACCACGGUAUGAACGAACUGGGCAACCAUGGUGGCUCUUCAGCCGGCGAAACUUCCGCGGGGCUCUUGUUCUUGUCACCAAAGUUGUCUCAGUUUGCCAAGCCAGCAUCGCAAGCGGAGAAUGCCUUGCCCAUCAAUGGUACCCUGGGCGGUGAUUUUCAAUAUUUAGAGACUGUGCAACAGAUCGAUAUCGUCCCCACCAUAGCCGCUCUGUUUGGUAUGCCCAUCCCGAUGAACAGCGUGGGCAUCAUCAUACCGGAUUUCCUACAACUACUUCCUAACAAACUGGCAAGUAUGAAAGAGAACUUCAUGCAUCUGUGGAGGCUGUCUGACCAUCAAGAAGAAGCGGUUCUUGACGAUUUAGCCAUUAGUGAUAUAUAUUCAAAGAUGUACGAUAUCCAAGAAACUCUAACUAAGUCCGCAACAAACUAUAACUAUCCGCUCUUGUCAUUAGCCUUUGUCAGUUUCCUCAUCAUAACAAUCAUUGCUACUUAUCAAUUACAACGCCAUUCCGGACACACUUUCUGCAAAUUGCGGACCUCUUCCCUCUCUGUAUUAUUGGUUUCCAUAAUACUAGGUGUUUCCACAUUUGCAAGCAGUUUCAUCGAGGAAGAACACCAACUGUGGUGGUGGAUAGUAACGGCGUUCUCCGCGGUCCCUCUCUUCGUGUACAAACUAAACGCGUCCGUAAUCACACGUUGGUUUAUAUUGUUGGCAUGCGUUCGUUUGAUUAAGUUUUGGAAUAACAGUGGCCAGAAAUUUAUUUACACCAAUGUUAUGUCAAAUAUACUUAGCCAGAACCCCUAUUGGAAAUGGUCUUUGAAUUUGUUGACGUUCCUAGCACUGAUAAUGGCGUCUGCUCGCUCCCAAUUGUUACAUUUUAUCAUGUCCACUAUUUUAGUCGGAUUGUGUUUCAUAUACAAAAUUUCAUGGGAAAUUGUAAACGGUGAUCAGGCUGAGAUACCACUCUUUAUGCAAGAUUUGCUGACUAAAAUUGACUUUGUCCCAAGUGAAAGUAAUCUGAUUACAUUGGCGCGUGUUUUCUUCCAGGCUUGGGCCAUUGUUGUCAUUUCAAGAUUAGUAUUGACUAAAUUGAAAGUCUUAGACCAAAGGUACCUAAUUAGAGAUAUGAAACUAUACGUGACAAUCUUGUUGAUUUUACAAACAUCGUCUCAAAAUAUUGGCCAAUUCCUCGUUUUCCAAAUUUUACAAUCACAAAUUUGCUACUUUUUCAAAAAUUUCCCCAUCUCAUCAUCAACUAAUAAGAUUUACCUGUCAAAUUUAGUUUCGUUAAUUCUACAAAAUUUCUCGUUCUUCCAAUUCGGGGGUACAAAUUCUAUUUCUACCAUAGAUCUUGGAAACGCAUACCAUGGUGUUUCUUCCGAUUAUAACAUCGCUGUAGUGGGACUACUAAUGUCCAUUGCAAAUUUCGCGCCAGCAAUUUAUUGGUCCAUGCUACCAUGGUCAAUAAAUUAUGGGCCUUCCCCGUCGCAAAAUAAAUUACAAACUUUUGUCAGGAGUAAAUUACCAACUUUCACCUACCACUGCAUUUUUGGAACUUGCUUGAUGACGGCAUGUAUCCUUUUAAGAUUUCAUCUUUUUAUUUGGUCCGUUUUCAGUCCUAAAUUGUGUUAUUUUCUAGGUUGGAAUCUCGUGAUGGGAUUGCUAAAUGGGUGGAUACCUGAAUUGACCGUUAUAUUGGCUCUGGAUUAG